UGCGGCGAUGACCUCCGACUUAACCUUCCCAUCUUCUCCGCGCCGUCCCCCUGCUCUCGAACGUAUUUUCGUUAUCGGACUCGUAUCUGGGCACACGGAGACGCUAUCGUCCACCUGCCGGAAAGACAGCACGCUGGGCUGACGCGGAUGGGAGGACCGAAUCAAGGCUGGGGCUUCUCGGAGCAUGGACCGGCCGUCCCUUUGCAUCCGUUCUUCCUGGCUUCUUGAUGUCGCGCUCCAUAUGCAACUCUCCCCCUGGUCCAGCUGCUCUGUUUCUGUGAGGAGCGCGGCGGGAACUUAGACCCACGCAGACGUUGAUGGCCUUCGAAUCGCUGGCGAAGCCGCAUCUGGUCGUCGGUACAAAAGGCACGCGAACGCUUGUCUCGGGAGGCCUUCGGCUCUUUGGCUCAAGCUCUCGCGCUUCUCCA